GGGAACGCGCGCCUAGCUAGCUCUGCGAAAUACUGUUCCGCCCGCCUAGCAAUACCAAGCUCUGCGAGAAAAAGCGGGGCAAGUUCGCUAGCUCUGUCUGUCGAUCCUCUCCUAGCUAAUAAACAAACUCACGGGGACGCGGAAGCCGCCUCCGUCUCCUAGUCCUAACCCACCACCAACGCAAUAAUCUACAGCAGCGGAGGAAAGCACUACAGCUCUUGGUCGAGCAGUAGCAACAAUGGCGCCGCCGAUGAAGGUGUACGGGUGGGCCGUGUCGCCGUGGAUGGCGCGCGCGCUGGUGUGUCUGGAGGAGGCCGGCGCCGACUACGAGAUCGUCCCCAUGAGCAGGUGUGGCGGCGACCACCGCCGGCCGGAGCACCUCGCCAAAAACCCGUUCGGUGAAAUCCCAGUUUUAGAGGACGGUGACCUCACGCUCUACCAAUCACGCGCCAUCGCACGGUACGUCCUCCGCAAGCUCAAGCCAGAGCUCCUCCGCGAAGGCGACCUCGAGGGGUCGGCGAUGGUGGACGCGUGGAUGGAGGUGGAAGCCCACCACAUGGAGCCGGCCCUGUGGCCCAUCAUCCGCCACAGCAUCAUCGGCCAGUACGUCGGCCGCGACCGCGACCACCAGGCCGUCAUCGACGAGAACCUCGACAGGCUGAGGAAGGUGCUGCCGGCGUACGAGGCGAGGCUGUCCGUCUGCAAGUACCUGGCCGGGGACGUAAUCAGCGCCGCCGACCUCUGCCACUUCGGCUUCAUGCGCUACUUCAUGGCCACGGAGUACGCCGGCUUGGUGCACGCGUACCCGCACGUCAAGGCCUGGUGGGACGCCCUGCUGGCGAGGCCCUCGGUGCAGAAGGUCAUGGCAGGCAUGCCGCCGGAUUUUGGGUACGCCAGCGGGAACAUACCAUAGGCUAGAGAGGUGGGCGUCCGUCACUCCAGAUCUGAGGUCUCUGAACCUCAACGUUUCCGAUAAACAUGCAUGCUUUAUCUACUGUUUAAAAACCAAACUUGAUUGGUGCAGGGGUAUUUUGGUUUUCUCUUAUAAUUUAUUUAUUGUGUUUUGAAUACUUUUAGUCACUAAAACCAACAAGAUAGACAAUAAAAUUUAGUCUACUAACUAAACUUUAGUCACUAGGCUAAAGAAACCAAACAUGUUUUAAAUUAGGGUCAUUGCUGAUGUGGUUUCUCGUUUUUUACCAUAUAAUGUACUACAUCCGUUCUCGAA